UAUAAUAAACUAACUUCACACACAUAACAGGCUUUUCAAGAAACAAGAAAAGAAAUAAAGAAAUUAAAAUUCAACUUCAAGAAAACCAAAAGCCAUGAUAUCCUUAGCCUCUGUUGAACCUCCUGAACAAAAACCCUCUCCUCCUCAAAACCAAGAUCGUUCUUCUUCUUCCUCGGAAACCCAUAUUUUCAGAUCAAAAUUACCAGACAUACCCAUUUCUAAUAAUCUUCCUCUCCAUACUUAUUGUUUCGAAAAUCUUUUUAAUGUUUCUGAUAAGCCAUGUCUUAUAUCAGGUUCUACAGGCAAAACCUACACUUUUGCAGAAACUCAUAUCAUAGCUCAGAAAAUAGCUGCUGGUUUAUCGCAUUUGGGUAUCAAGAAAGGCGAUGUUAUUAUGGUUCUUCUCCAAAACUGCCCAGAAUUCGUCUUUUCUUUCAUUGGUGCUUCCAUGAUCGGAGCAGUAACCACUACUGCUAAUCCUUUUUACACCAAAAAUGAAAUUUUCAAGCAAGUGAUUGCUUCGCGUGCUAAGUUAAUCAUUACCCAAUCCUUGAAUGUUGAAAAACUAAAAGAUUUGGAAGAAAAUUUUAUUCUGAUCACCAUUGAUGACCCACCAGAAAACUGUUUACAUUUCUCAGUACUUUCAGAAUCAAACGAAAGUGAAAUUCCUGAAGUUGAAAUAGAUCCUGACGACCCCGUGGCUUUACCAUUUUCUUCAGGAACGACAGGAUUGCCUAAAGGAGUGGUAUUAACACAUAAAAACUUAAUUACAAGCGUAGCGCAACAAGUGGAUGGAGAGAAUCCAAACCUUUGGUUAAAAGAAGAAGACGUUGUUUUAUGUGUAUUGCCUCUGUUUCACAUAUAUGCAUUAAACAGUGUUUUGCUAAACUCGCUUAGAGCUGGAGCCGCUGUGUUGUUAAUGCAAAAGUUUGAGAUAGGAACGUUGUUAGAACUAAUUCAGAGACAUAAGGUGUCUGUAGCCGCGGUGGUGCCGCCGUUGGUGUUGGCGUUGGCGAAAAAUCCGAUGGUGGCUGGAUUUGACCUUAGUUCGAUCAGGGUGGUGCUUUCAGGGGCGGCGCCGCUUGGGAAAGAGCUGGAGGAUGCUCUCCGGAGUAGAGUGCCUCAGGCGAUCUUAGGACAGGGCUAUGGGAUGACAGAGGCAGGGCCAGUUCUAUCAAUGGGCUUGGGGUUUGCAAAGCAGCCAAUCCCAGCUAAGUCAGGCUCAUGUGGAACUGUGGUUAGAAAUGCAGAGCUCAAAGUUAUUGACCCUGAAACUGGUUCAUCUCUUGGCUACAACCAGCGUGGUGAAAUUUGCAUACGUGGACAACAAAUUAUGAAAGGAUAUUUGGAUGAUCCUGAGGCCACAGCCAACACAAUUGAUGUUGAAGGUUGGCUUCAUACUGGUGACAUUGGUUAUGUGGAUGAUGAUGAUGAGAUUUUCAUUGUUGAUCGAGUCAAAGAAAUCAUCAAAUUCAAAGGCUUUCAGGUUCCACCAGCAGAGCUCGAGGCCCUCCUUGUCAUCCAUCCAUCAAUCUCAGAUGCAGCUGUCGUUCCGCAAAAAGAUGAAGGUGCUGGUGAAGUUCCUGUUGCAUUUGUGGUUCGAUCUAAUUCUAAUGGGCUCGAGCUCACUGAAGAAGCUGUAAAAGAAUACAUAUCAAAGCAGGUUGUGUUCUACAAGAGACUGCACAAAGUGUACUUUGUGCAUGCAAUUCCCAAGUCUCCCUCUGGAAAAAUAUUGAGAAAGGGCCUAAAAGCAAAGCUAGCCGCAGCCUCUCCAUUGUCUUAGAAUCCUUUCUGUUAUUUCAACUUCUCUUAGGCAUUAUAUUUAAUGUCUCCAUGGAAUAUGGAAGAGAAAUCAUCUUCUUCUAAA